CACGCUUUUUUUUUCUAAGUAGCAGUAGUAGGGUUAUUAAUGGUGGGGUUUUAACCGGUUGGUUCAAUGUAGAAACAAACCCUCAAAGGUUAAAAUUGGCGGAAGACGUAAACCAAAUCAAACCGAAGUAGCUUUGGUAAACCGGGUGGCGUUGAUUUUGACACGUGUCAUCUUCUGUAUGGCUACUCUCUUUGCUCGUGUCCUGUAAAUAAACCUGAUGCAGCGCGCUUGUUCGUCUUCACAGUUCUCAUUAUUUCCCGUGUCUUCUCUUCACUCGGGUGGCAUUUCGUCGAGAUCGAGUGUGUGGCUCGUUCCGGACGACAAAAACAUGCAUCCUCCUCUGACGCUGCACAGGCACCCAAUGUGUGCAGAUGUAAUCGAGGAAUUUCAAAAGUGUCAUAUAGACCAUCCCAUUGGGAAAUUCUUUGGAGAAUGCACAGAACUCAAAGUAAACCUUGAUCGCUGUUUCCGGCAGGAGAAAGCUGUGAAGCGGAAGGCUAACUUGGAAAAAAGCAAGGAACUUCAUGAAAGACUGAGAGCUAUGAGGAAGGAGACCACAGAGAGUGUAAAAGCUAACCAAGGAAGAAACCGGGUUCGAGUGAAAAACGAAGGAGAGGAAAUCGGGAUGAAAUUCAAAGAAAACAAGAAAGAAUUUAAGACAAGAUGGAUUGGAUGCUGAUCAUAUCAGGGGAAGAGGAGUUCAUCACUUUGUAUGGAGGAAACAAACAGUAGAUUCUUUUUUGCCCUUCUUGUUGUGUGCUAUGCUUUCAAAAUUAGAAACUAAGUAUCCGACAUAGGUAUAU